UUCGGAAGGCUACAGAGGCUACACGUGAGCCAUGGAGACGCCGCUGAGGCGCAGCCGGCGGCUGGAGGGCCUAAAACCUCUGUCUCCAGAGACCCUUCCUGACCCCGAAGUCUCUCGGGCGAAGCGGGCUCCUGUAGAUUUCAAGUCGAACCCGGAAGAAACAGAAGAGCUCAAGUCUCCGAAGGUUCCACCACCGAGCCUUCCGUCUCCCGAACCUCAGCCGGAGACGAGCCCCGGAUCACCCUGUCCUACGCAGGAUGCAGUCGCUGGGUCCCCACAAAGGCAGCCAGAGCCGAGCCCCGGGUCCCUUCAACCUCAUCAAGAUCUGGGCCUGGAGUCACCUGCAGGACAGCCAGAGUCGAGCCCGGAAUCCCCGCAACGAGAGCAGCCAUCCAAAUUACCUCCUACACAGGGAGAACUGGACUCUGAGGCGGCCCACGCUAACGAGGAGGUGAUCCCAGGAUCCCCCGAGCCUUGCCCCGGCCAGCAAGCACCGGGUCCCGAGCCCUCUCAGCCAGCACAGGAGCUGACAUUCCAGGCACCUAGCUCCCCAGAGCGCCGGUUGGAGCCAGGCAAGCUGCCUCCGGCGGGAGAGAUCGUAACAGAGAGACUCAACCAAAAGAAGCGAGUUAUAGCCUCUCCCCAGGCCCCAGCGUCCAAAAAAUUGAAGGAGAAGGAGGAGCUUCCCGUAAUUCCGAAAGGGAAGCCCAAAUCCGGGCGUGUGUGGAAAGAUCAAUCCAAGAAGAGGUUCUCCCAGAUGGUUCGGGACAAGCCCCUGCGUACCUCCUGGCAGCGGAAGAUGAAGGAGCGACAGGAGAGAAAGCUGGCUAAGGACUUCGCCCGGCACCUGGAGGAGGAGAAACAGAGGCGCCGACAAGAGAAGAAAGAGCGCCGGGCUGAAAACCUGAGACGCCGGCUAGAAAAUGAACGCAAGGCUGAGAUUGUUCAAGUGAUCCGAAACCCUGCCAAGCUCAAGAAAGCAAAGAAGAAGCAGUUGCGUUCCAUUGAAAAGAGAGACACCCUGGCCUUGCUCCAGAAACAGCCACCCCAGAGGCCUGUAGCCAAGGUCUGAGCUCAGGACAAUCCAGAGGCCUCAGCAAACCAAGAGUCACAGCAAACAAGGCACUUCUCAGGCCACUGACUAACGCCUCUCCUGGAGCCAGCAUACCAACACUGUCACAUUAAGACGGAGACUCCAGCCCAAAAGGAACUGAAGACUAUGCUGGGACUCAAGAGAGAUUUAACUGUCCCCAUCUCCUUUCCCGUCUGUUCCAAAGUGCCUUAUGGUCAUAAACUGUUGUUGGGUGGUUGCAGUAGUGCACACCUUUAAUCCCAGAUCUCUCAGAGUUCGAGGACAGUCUUGUCUAUAGAGUACAGGAUAGCCAGGGCUACACAGAGAAAUCCUAUCUAAAAAAAAAAAAAUCAAAACAACAAAAGAGGUCUUGAACUAUGAAUUCUUGUUUCCCAGUGAUCAGAAGUCAUCGCCUCCAUUUUUUUCAGUGACAUCUUGGCCACUUGAGGAUUCUGCUAAUUUGGUCCCCUCAGUCAACUGAAGCUAGCCCUUCCCUAGUUUAGCACUAAAAGAUUAAAGUGGGGAGUUUCAGGGAGCUGAGUUUCUCUCCAGUACCCCUUUGCCACACUGGACUAUAGAAGCCUCGAGGCUUGAGUCAUGCCCACUUGUUCUAUCACAAAGGUGUUUAUUGGUACAGAAGCCCCUGCCCCACUGGGCUUUCAUUAUCAUAGUAAACCACUGAAAUAAUGGUAUGACAGGUACACUGAGUAAGGCAGGAGGGGCUUGGUGACAUUUUACUCUCCAGUUUGAGAAGCACCUGCCACAGGCUUGAGGCCUGCCCAACACAACUGACAACCAGCCUGGCCUUCCGUGGUCCAGGAGAUCCUGAGAAUACCCCAUCCCUGUUCCAUAGCUACCAGUUUCUGACAUCAGCUCCCCUUCCUCUGCAGUCCAUGGUGGGGAGGAUGUGAGAUGUGUGAUAGGUCCAUGACUGACAUAAGGUGCCCCUCCUACCUGUAGGUUGGAAGUGAUGGCUGCCAGGCCCGCUCCCUGGGAGGCAGCUAAUAAGGAGAGGUUGCUCUCCUUAGAAUUGAUCAGUGCUGCUGAAGGCCAGAGUGCAGCCUUUGGCAGCUGCAGCAGCACUAAAACUGGGCAGAGAAGAGCCCGAGUGGGAGUUGACACAUCAAUAUGGCUAACAAGCUGACUAGCAAGGUGUGGUUAAAGCUGUCUCAGGCCAAAUGGGGGAUUAAAAGUGAAGACAGUUUGCUGGAAAAUGUUUCUCAACCCUUUUCCUCUCACUGACCCCCAUACAUACUGAUUGACAGACUCCCUUUGUCCCAUUCACGAAGCAGGGAGUUAGUUAUGAGAUGCAGGCUGUGAGCUUAACCUGUGUGAUUCCCAAGUGCCUUGGGCCAGCUACCAGGAAGGUAUUAGAAGUACAAAAUUUUGCCCGACC